AUGAGUUUCAAAGGGUUUACCAAAGCCGUCACUAGGGCUCCUCAGUCCUUCCGUCAAAAGUUCAAGAUGGGUGAGCAGACUGAGGAUCCUGUGUAUGAAGAUGCAGAACGUCGUUUCCAAGAACUGGAACAAGAAACUAAAAAAUUGAGUGAGGAGUCGAAGAGGUAUUCGUCUGCAGUGAACGGGAUGCUAACGCAUCAAAUUGGAUUUGCUAAGUCCAUGGAGGAAAUUUUCAAACCUAUCAGUGGUAAAAUGAGUGAUCCCAACGCGACUAUACCAGAAGACAAUCCAGAGGGUAUUGAAGCUAGUGAGCAAUAUAGGGCCAUGGUUGCUGAAUUACAAGAAACAUUGAAGCCGGACUUGGCGUUGGUGGAAGAAAAGAUCGUUACGCCAUGCCAGGAAUUGUUGAAAAUUAUUACUUAUAUUCGUAAAAUGGCCACCAAGAGAAACCACAAAAAACUAGAUUUGGAUAGGCAUCUGAACACCUAUAGCAAGCAGGAGAAGAAGAAGGAACCAACUCCCAAGGACGAAGAAAGGUUGUAUAAAGCACAAGCCCAGGUGGAAGUUGCUCAACAAGAAUAUGAUUACUAUAACGAGUUGCUAAAGACUCAAUUGCCAAUCUUGUUUAGUUUGGAAGCCGAGUUCGUGAAACCGCUAUUUGUUUCGUUCUAUUUCAUGCAAUUGAAUAUCUUUUACACUUUGUACAACAAUCUUCAAGACAUGAAAAUUCCAUAUUUCGAUCUAAACAGUGAUAUCGUGGAGUCUUUUAUCGCCAAGAGAGGUAACGUGGAGGAGCAAACAGAUUCGCUAACCAUUACCCAUUUCAAGAUUGGUUACUCUAAAGCGAAACUGGAAAUGACCAAAAGAAAGUACGGUGUAGGAGCCACUGAGGACUCGCCAGUAAGCGGCGCUUCCAGUGGAACCGGAUACGGUGCCGGAUAUGGUACAGCCACACCAACAUCGCCAACCCCCACGGGAUACGGAUAUGGCGCUGCAGCACCAGGUUAUGGAGCCCAACCAGUCGCACAGUACGGUGCCGCUGCCGUUGCAGGCGCCGUUGCAGGCGCCGUCCCAUCUUAUGGUGCUGCACAAUCGCCACCGCUCACCGGAAUGGGAUUCCAACAACCACAACAGCAGCAACAGGGUCCACCACCUGCCUAUUCCAACCCUCUAACGCCACCUGUAGGCGGUGCAACAGCCGCAGCUGUCCCCGCCUUAGAAACCGUCACCGCGCUAUACGAUUACCAAGCGCAAGCCGCAGGUGACCUGACUUUCCCGGCCGGUGCAGUUAUAGAGAUUGUCCAGCGUACUCCAGACGCAAACGAAUGGUGGACAGGAAGAUACAAUGGCCAGCAAGGUGUGUUCCCCGGAAACUACGUCCAACUCAAUAAAAACUAG